GUCCGUACACUUGUCGCCGUAUCCAUUUCCCGUUCGAUCUCGCUCCGAUUCCGAGGAAUCGGGGAUCUAUCGCUCCUCUUCGAUUGAGAGAAAUCGAAUUAAUUAGCGUUUUUAGUCGCUCGGAUUACGCGAAUUCUCGCGGUUUUUUUCUCUUUGUUUGGAGCUAAUAAUUUGGGCAGUUAGUGAGGCAGUUAGGGUUUGGCAGGAGGUGGGCAUCAGCAGAGGGCCUAGUUUUAAUGGCUGGGAACCCUAGCACCAAGAAUGAGGAUGAUACUAUUAAUGAUAAUAAUGAAGUGGGGUAUUUGAAGGAGAGUAGUAGUAGUAGUAGUAGCAAGGAGAAGGAGGAGGAGAACGAGAUGGCGUUGAAUACGAUGCAUCGGUCGAGCUCGAGGCCGCAGCUCGAUCUGAGCGGCGCGGCGAUUCAGGGCAAUUUCGAGGAGAGGAACCCGACCAUUUUGUUGCCCAAUCAGAGUGAUGAUAUAUCCCAUUUGGCUCUGGAUAUUGGAGGAUCUCUCAUUAAGUUGGUCUAUUUCUCCCGACAUGCGGAACUUUCGCCUGAUGAUAAGAGGAAGAGAUCAAUAAAGAAAAGAUUUGGAAUCUCUAACGGCAGCAGGAGAAGUUUUCCAAUACUUGGUGGGAGGCUCCACUUUGUAAAGUUUGAGACCGAGAAGUUGAAUGAAUGUCUUGACUUUAUUUCAUCCAAACAGCUUCAUCGUGGUGGAAUUGAUUCCCCUUCAUGGCGCUCUGGGACUAUAUCUGAUGACAACAUAACAAUCAAGGCGACAGGCGGUGGGGCCUUCAAGUUUGCAGAUGUCUUGAAGGAGAGACUUGGAGUUAGUCUUGAUAAGGAAGAUGAAAUGACCUGUCUUGUAUCUGGGGCUAAUUUUUUGCUCAAGGCUAUACGUCAUGAAGCUUUUACGCACAUGGAGGGUCAAAAAGAAUUUGUUCAAAUAGAUCAUAAUGAUUUAUUCCCUUAUCUUCUUGUAAAUAUUGGUUCUGGAGUAAGCAUAAUCAAGGUGGAUGGUUAUGGAAAAUUUCAAAGAGUUAGUGGGACUAAUGUUGGCGGUGGCACGUAUUGGGGAUUGGGAAGGUUGUUGACAAAAUGCAAGAGUUUCGAUGAGUUGUUAGAGUUGAGCCAACAGGGCGACAAUAGCAAUGUUGACAUGCUUGUUGGAGAUAUAUAUGGUGGUAUGGACUAUUCCAAGAUUGGCCUCUCGGCAUCUACAAUUGCAUCUAGUUUUGGGAAGACAAUUUCAGAAAAUAAGGAGCUUUCAGACUACAGACCUGAGGAUAUUUCUCUUUCCCUUCUGAGAAUGAUUUCAUACAACAUAGGGCAGAUCUCUUAUUUAAAUGCACUUCGCUAUGGGCUCAAGAGAAUAUUUUUUGGUGGAUUUUUCAUUCGCGGCCAUGCUUACACAAUGGAUACUAUUUCUUUUGCGGUGCACUUCUGGUCCAAAGGACAGGCACAGGCUAUGUUUUUGCGUCACGAGGGCUUCUUGGGAGCUGUUGGAGCAUUCAUGAGCUAUGAAAAGCAUGGUCUUGAUGACUUGAGGGUGCAUCAAUUGGUCGAAAGGUUCCCAAUGGGUGCUCCAUACGUUGGUGGAAAGAUUCAUGGUCCCCCUCUUGGAGAUCUGAAUGAGAAGAUAUCAUGGAUGGAGAAGUUCGUGCAAAAGGGCACAGAGAUUACAGCACCUGUCCCAAUGGCCCCUCCUGGGACAACCGGUAUGGGAGGCUUCGAACGGCCUUCGUCCAGGGGAAAUUCCUUACGUUCAGAUGCAAGCGCCACAUUAAAUGUUGGUGUUCUUCAUCUUGUACCGACAUUGGAGGUGUUUCCGUUAUUAGAUGAUCCUAAGACGUACGAACCAAACACCAUCGAUCUCGCAGAUCAUAGUGAGCUUGAGUAUUGGUUUAAAGUGCUAUUAGAGCAUAUGCCAGAUCUUGUUGAUAAGGCAGUUGCUAGUGAAGGUGGAACAGACGAUGCCAAAAGAAGGGGAGAUGCAUUUGCACGUGCUUUCUCAGCUCAUUUGGCAAGGUUGAUGGAAGAGCCUGCUGCGUAUGGAAAGUUAGGCUUGGCAAAUCUAUUGGAGUUGAGGGAAGAAUGCUUGAGAGAAUUCCAGUUUGUGGAUGCUUACAUCACUAUCAAACAGAGGGAAAAUGAGGCUUCGCUUGCCGUUUUACCAGACCUUCUGAUGGAGCUGGACGGUAUGAAUGAGGAGGAUAGGCUGCUGGCUCUAAUUGAAGGUGUCCUUGCUGCAAAUAUUUUCGAUUGGGGAUCCCGUGCUUGUGUGGAUCUUUACCACAAAGGAACCAUUAUUGAGAUUUAUCGCAUGAGCCGCAAGAAGAUGCAGCGUCCUUGGCGGGUGGAUGAUUUUGAUGAGUUUAAGAAAAGAAUGCUUAUUGAUGGGAACAAUAGGCAGCAACCGUACAAAAGAGCAUUGCUCUUUGUUGAUAACUCGGGUGCUGAUGUUGUUCUUGGAAUGCUUCCGUUAGCUCGAGAACUUCUCCGCCGUGGAACUGAGGUUGUUCUUGUUGCGAAUUCUUUACCUGCUUUGAAUGAUGUAACUGCUAAUGAACUCCCUGAAAUUGUUGCAGAAGCUGCAAAGCAUUGUGACCUCCUUCGAAAAGCUGCUGAAGCCGGAGGGCUGCUGGUCGACGCAAUGGUUAGUAUACAAGAUGACCUAAAAGACCGCUCAGCGUCAGUGCCUCCCCUUAUGGUUGUCGAGAACGGGUGUGGGAGCCCGUGCAUUGACUUGCGCCAGGUCAGCUCGGAGCUCGCUGCUGCCGCAAAGGAUGCAGACUUGAUAAUUUUAGAAGGAAUGGGUCGAGCUAUUCACACGAACCUCAAUGCCCGUUUUAAGUGUGAUGCUCUUAAGCUUGCGAUGGUGAAGAACCAGAGAUUGGCCGAAAAGCUUUUCAACGGGAAUAUCUACGACUGCAUCUGUCGGUUCGAACCUGCCGGCCAAGUAUUGCGAGAAGAUUCAGUUCGGAUAUGAAGAUUUCACCACGACUCUUCUCGCAUUGUUUCAAUCUCACUAAAUCUAAAAGGUGUGCUGUUUUCGAAGUUUCCGGUUCAGAUUCUCUACUCUGAAGCUUUUCUAUGUUGGGAAAGUUGAAACCGAGUCACCAAUCUUUAUGUGACUCAUGAGCUAAUUUUACGUUUGCAGGUCUAAUCUGAAGCAUUUCUUUGCCACCCAGAAUUGUUGCUUAGUUUAAUAAAUGCUGAAAGGCUCAUAGAUACAUACAGUUGAGUUCUUACUUCGAACAUUGUUCCCAUUAAUUAUAGUCUUAUAGGGCACAGAAAGGAGGGCUCAUUUUAGAAAUUGUUACUAUAUAUAAUGUUGCAUUCGUUAAAAAUUCGAGGUUAAAUUAUGCGUUAUAAGAGAACCAGUUGAAUUAUUUUUCAUUUAUAUUAGGAUAAUACAUUAACCUAAACGGGCAAAGGCUUA